AAAAUCAUAUUUCCGAAGCAAGAUUGUGCGCUCUCUUCCAAAUCAAAAAGAAAGAUUAAGAAGGAACAGAGACGACGAUCCCUCAUCCUUCUCGCCGGAUCCCUUAGUCUCCGCUCAUCUUCCGGCGGACAACAUAACCCUCGCUUCUUCCUCGUCGCUCUCUAUCUCGUAUGGGUACUGGCAAGGAUAGCAGCGAGGCCACCGACGAUCUCGACGACAUGCCGCUCGCGGAGCGGCGCAGCUUGAUUCGCCUCCGGAAGGCGGUUUCGCCUUUGUCUCGUGUCCCUGAGCCUCCAAAGUGUUCGAUUGACGAGCCUGGAGCGCGCGUAUCUUCUGAAACUUCCAAGGAGUGGCCGGGGUUACCAAGAGGUGUAAAAUUUCAACCCUCUGAUACUGAUCUACUCUGGCACUUGCUUGCAAAAGUAGGCAAGGCUACCGCUGAUCCACAUCCAUUCAUACACGAGUUCAUUACUUGCCUAGAUGAUUUUGAUAGAUUUGGUCAUACCCACCCUCAGAAUCUUCCUGGUAUAAAAGAUGGGACCACUACUUAUUUCUUUCACAAAUCUUUUAAGACUCAUAAUACCGAAGCUGAACAACAUGAUGAUUGUGGGGGCGUGUGUUGGAAGAAGAAUGGCAGCAUCAAGCCUUUGAUCAUUGAUAAUAAACACCGUGGAUAUAAGUCAAUAAUGACUCUUCAUGCACACAUGAACAGAUCCGAGAAUCUCAGUUGGAUAAUGCAUCAGUUUCAACUUGGCUCUGACAAUGAUGAUAUAGGGGAGCUUGUUGUUUCCAAGAUAUUCUCCCGAAGGACUAGUCAAACCAAUGAAAUUUCAGAAGAGAAAACAAUGAACAUAGCCGUAGCUAUUCCUAGUAAUGCAGAAUUAGCAAUAUGUUCCACAUCACAUAAAACUGAAGUCCAUCAAGCUGAUCAACAUCUUGAUGUCACUGCGACAGACUCAACUUCACAGGAAAUUUUGAUGGAUGACCAUUACAUGAAGGAAUCAGAGCCUUUGCAAGGUCCAAAUAUCAAGUGUUUGGAUGGUAUCUCUGCUACAAAUACAAUCGACGAGCUUUAUCAUUUUGAUCAGCUUAUGAUGCAUGAAUAUUCGUCCAUGUUAUUGGCUAACACAAGUUCUGGAUAUGUUGAUUCCAAUUGUUCUAUUGGUCAAAGCAAAUGUGAUAUGAAUUGCACUUCAGGAAAUCUAUUAGAUGCUGUUAAUGAUGGUUCUAUUCCACUAAAUGACAUGAUGAGUAACAGGGAAUCAGUUUCUAGAAAAGGUUUUUUUGACACUGCAAAGAUUGCAAAUAUCCCAUGUGAUCAUAGUCCUCCUAAACCUUCUUCAAACAUUGCGAGAAAUGUAAUUUUUGAGUCUUCCGGAAGUGUCACUGAAACAAAUUGUUGCACAGUUUGUUCAGCAUCAGUGCCUAUCUUUCAAAACAAUGAUUCACUUGUAGCUGCCUCUAGAGAUAACGAUGGUGUAUCUGCCCAGUUGGAUUAUGUGAAAAUGGAACCUACAGAGGAAGACCAUUUUGAGAUUACCACAACUCAGGAACAAAUGACAUCCAACUGCACACAAGAGGCAGCACAGUCUAAAGUCACAGAGUCUCAUGCCUCAAGAGAAAAACUCAAGGAAGAACCUAUUGAUGAUGAUCUCUUCAGGAACAUGCUAAACAAUAUAACAUCUGUAGAACAUGAUGUAGGGAUCUCUGAAUCUGUUUCUAACCCAAAUCUUUCUGAAAAGGCAAAUUUUUCCGAACAGUUUUUCCCCAAGAAUCAACAUUUUGAACGAGACAACACUGCAAGUGUUGUAUCUGUUCGUAGGAAAAGAAAGAAGACUGCAACGAGUUCAGUAAGGCAAGCACUUGAAGAAGAUGCACCUGGGCUUCUGCAGAUUUUGCUGGACAGAGAUAUAUCAAUUGAGGAUAUCAAGCUUUAUGAGACUAUGGAAGAUGAUGAGGCUCUAGAGGUCUCUGAAGAAGAUGAUGAUUUCAAAGAGCUUGAAACUGUGAUCAAUAAGUUAUUUUCUGCACGAGCUUCCAUGUUCAAGUUUUCAGUAGCACGCCACAUGAAGGGAUCAAAGCCUUAUUAUGUAAAUUGUUUAAUUUCCCUGAUUAACCAGGCAAAAUAUCUGCGGUUUAGUAAAAAUUCAGUCCAAUGGGGGUGGUGCAGGGAUCUUCAAUCAUUCAUUUUCAUAUUUUAUUUGCAUAACAGAAUAGUGUUGGAACGUCCAGAAUAUGGCUAUGCCACCUAUUUCUUUGAGCUUGUGCAUGAUUUACCAAUUGACUGGCAGAUCAAGAGGUUGGUGACUGCAAUGAAGCUCACUAGCUGUGGCCGGACCACUCUUAUCGAGAACAAACCUUUAGUGAUUGGCGAAGAUUUGACGGAGGGAGAAGCGCGUGUUUUGGAAGAGUAUGGCUGGACUUCCAACUGUGGGCUGGGGUCAAUGCUGAACUUUUGCGAUAGGGUUGUGCAUGACGCCAGAACUGAAAGCAACGAAUGGUGGAACAAAAUUGGUAAAAUGCUGAUGGCCGGCUAUGAAUCAGGGCGUAUUGUCCUAGACCAUCUCCCGAAGAAGGCCCAAAAGUACGCCAGGAACAAGAAUUUGCCAAAACAAGAGGAAGAACUGAUUUUGUAAUUUAUUUUUUUUAGUUUUUGUGUAACCAAACUCUUGAAUUGAUCUAAACCAAUAUUACAUUUUGUUUGUGUAGCA